AUGCAUGCGUUUUUCUUUGUCGCGAUCGUGUUUCACGUCCAUCGGCUGAUCGGUGCGGAGCCCCGGGCCAAGUGCCAGGCUCGCUGCGAUGUCAGCCUGUGUCCGAGCCCCAUCUGCCCCAGCGGUUACGUGCCCGACCGCUGCAACUGCUGUCUGGUGUGCGCCCAGGGCGAGGGGGAGCCCUGCGGCCUUAAGGACGACCUGCCGUGCGGAGACGGGCUGGAAUGCAAGCAUCCCGCCGGGAGACGGCUCUCCAAGGGCGUGUGCCAGUGCAAGCACAGCCAGACGGUGUGCGGCAGCGACGGCAAAACGUACGCCAACGUCUGCCAGCUGAAGGCCGCUAACCGCAGGGCUCAGCAGCUGGGAGAGGCUGCCCCGAGCCAGGCUCAUCAGGGGCAAUGCCAGUCCGCCGCAGGUUCCUCCGAGCCCAACAGUCCGAGGUUCAAGUUUAACUUCAUCGCGGACGUUGUGGAAAAGAUCGCUCCUGCUGUGGUCCACAUCGAGCUCUUCCUCAGACACCCUCUUUUCGGCCGCAACGUGCCUCUGUCCAGCGGGUCGGGUUUCAUCGUGUCAGAUACUGGCCUCAUCGUCACUAACGCCCACGUGGUAUCCAGCGCGGCGCCCGUGUCCGGCCAGCAGCAGCUCCGCGUGCAGACCCAGGAUGGCGAGGUGCACGAGGCCAACAUCAAGGAUAUCGACAAGAAAUUGGACAUUGCCACCAUCAAGGUGACCCCUCAGAAAAAGUUGCCUGUUCUCCUGCUGGGUCACUCGGCGGACCUGCGUCCCGGGGAGUUCGUGGUGGCCAUCGGAAGCCCCUUCGCCCUGCAGAACACCGUCACCACCGGUAUCGUCAGCACCGCGCAGCGGGACGGCAAGGAGCUGGGCCUCCGGGACUCGGACAUGGACUACAUACAGACGGACGCCAUUAUCAAUUAUGGGAAUUCUGGAGGGCCCCUUGUAAAUUUGGAUGGGGAAGUGAUUGGGAUCAACACUUUGAAGGUCGCGGCAGGAAUCUCAUUUGCCAUUCCCUCAGAUAGAAUCACUCGUUUUCUUAACGAGUCACUCGACAAACACAGCAAAGAGGUGAGAUCGGUCAAGAAACGUUUUAUUGGGAUUCGGAUGCUUACAAUCACCCAAGCGUUGGUGGAGGAGCUGAAGCAGCAGAACACAGACUUCCCCGACAUCAGCAGUGGCAUCUACGUGCAUGAAGUCGUAGCCAAUUCCCCGGCUCAGAAGGGCGGCAUCAAAGACGGCGACAUCAUCGUGAAGCUGAACGGCCGCAUGCUGGAGAGCACCGUCGACUUACAGGAAGCGCUGCUGGAGAACACAGCCCUGCUGCUGGAGGUUCGCCGUGGCAACGACGACCUGCUCUUCCACAUUGAGCCCGACGUCAUAAUGCAGUGACCUGCAGGAAGCUUUGGGCUGGCGGUAUUGGCAAAAGCAAGACACUGACGGUCCCACUGCUCACCCCAGUUACUGUCAAGGAAGUCGACAAAAAAGCGCUCGACCCCCAUCACCUGUGAGAGCCAUUAGAGUACACAGUAGAUGUUUGCCAUCUUUCAUCAAAAUAUGACUUAUACCAGUUAUGCAAAACUAGCCAUUAAACUUGAUAUUUAUUCAUGAGAAUAGUACGUAUCCAAAGGAAAUGUUUACACCUGUUUGUAUUCAUGAACAAGUGCCUUGUAGAUGCAGAAACAGUAAGUGCUGCUUUAUAUGUGAAUGACAUUCUGCCAGGCAGAUUGAGGACUCCAACAAUGUUCUUUUCCUCUGCAAUUGAAAAAAAAAUGACCCACAAUGUGACAACGAAGUAAAGUUGUGAUUUUUCUCAUAAA